UAGUACAUACAGCCUUUUGCCACUGAAAAUGCCAGGUACCAAUUUCCUGUCAUGUGGAGAGCUUUUUUAUUCAGUUUCAUUAGACGAAAAAUCGUGCUGUCAGUGAUUUUUGGCUGUUCGUUAACAUACUGUAUUGUCAGUUUCUUAUUGAUUUCACCCAGACGUACAGACACAUGGCGAAUUCCAAGAAAAAUGGAUCACAGUGCUUUCAUUUGGAUGUCAGCCGAAGUCGAUUUGAACAACUCAUCACUUCAAAGUUGUCGGAAUACUGUACAAGGCAGAGAAUAUAUAGCAGAUGACAAAGGUUACAUAUGUCAAAGAGCCGAUCUCCUAGCGAACAACUGUUGCGGAACUACCGAAAAACGUUAUAUAUGUGAUACGUGCAACGCGGAUGGCUGUUGUGUGCUGUACGAACACUGCGUGUCAUGUUGCCUCAAUCCCAAUAAGAGAAAAUUAUUAGAAACCGUGCUGGGUAAGGCUUCGGAGACGUUCCGUGUGCUGUUCUCGGCGAUCAAUAAUCAUUUUGAACUGUGCUUGGCCAAAUGUCGAACGAGUUCUCAGAGCGUCCAACACGAAAACGCCUACCUAAAAUCGAACAAACACUGUUACACGACCGCCGACAAAGUACCCUGACUGCAGUUGGCCGACACGCGGAUUUUUUUUUUUGAUUGAUUGCAUUCCGAUAUGCACAUUAUGUACAUUAAUCGUCCUGGGUAAAGUGCAAUAAUUGCAAACCGUUGUUGACCAAAGUAAUCGUGUACGGUUUGACAUGAUCCAUGUGUCGAGCACAUCAUUUUUAUUGUUUAUAUAAUGACUGUCGAUUUUAUCAAGACUAUAAUAUUAUUAUUGUUAUAUUGGCAUAUGGUGUUGAAAAUAAGUCUGUGUAUAAUGUACAAUUAGAAAAUUAAAAUUAUUUUACUUAUUUA